UAUCAAGUUCCAAACAGUUGUCAGGUCGUUCCUUAAGCAGCUGCAACGAUCCGAGCAAAAUUGAUGCACAAGCCAUGCCUCUUGAGCUUUUCCACUCGAUCACCCUCUUCCUUGUCCUCGUGGCCGCCGAUCGCUGCCUCACGGCCGCCGGCGACGGUCGGCAGUUCGCCUACAACGGCUUUGCCAGCAACAACCUCACUCUCGACGGCGUGGCCUCGGUCACGCCGAACGGCCUCCUCAUGCUGACGAACGGCACCAUCCAGAAGAAAGGCCACGCCUUCCACCCAUCUUUGGUGCCUUUCCGCGCGGCGCGGUCCUUCUCAACAACCUUCGUCUUCGCCAUCUUCGGGCAGUACAUCGACCUGAGCAGCCCCGGCAUGGCGUUCUUCAUCACCACGUCCAAGGAGGUGCUGUCGACCUCUCUGCCGGGGCAGUUCAUGGGCCUCCUCAACGCCACCCACAACAGCAACCGGGAAGCCCGCAUCUUCGCCGUGGAGCUGGACACCCUCCUCAACGCCGAGUGCCGCGACAUGAGCAGCAACCACGUCGGCAUCGACGUGGAUAGCCUGGUGUCGCGUGACGCGGCGGACGCCGGUUACCACGACGACGGCACGGGGCGGUUCCAGAACCUAAGCCUGAUCAGCCGGAAGGCAAUGCAGGUAUGGGUAGACUACGACGUCACGGCCGCAGAGAUCACCGUGGCCAUGGCUCCCCUGGGCGUGGCCAGGCCCAAGAAGCCCCUGAUGCGGACCACCGUGGACCUCUCGGCCGUGCUGCAGGUGCAGGACGCGGCGCACGUCGGGUUCUCGUCGGCCACGGGAAUCCUCUCGUCACGCCACUUCGUCGUCGGCUGGAGCUUCGCGCUGGACGCGCCCGCUCCCACGCUCAACAUCUCGUCCUUGCCCGCCCUGCCGCCCAGCGGACCACCCAGGCCACGGUCCAAACUGAUCAUGGCGAUCGUGUUACCCGUCGCGUCCGCCACGGUGGCUCUCGCCGUCGGCGUCGCCGUUUACAUCUUGGUGCGACGGCGACUCAGGUACUCGGAGGUCCGCGAGGACUGGGAGGCCCCAUUCGGGCCGCACCGAUUCUCUUACAAGGAACUGUUCGAGGCGACCAAGGGGUUCAGCGACAAGAACCUGCUCGGGGCAGGAGGCUUCGGAAGCGUCUACAGGGGCGUGCUCCGCAGGUCGUCCAUGGAGGUCGCCGUGAAGAGAGUGUCCCACGAAUCAAGGCAGGGGAUGAAGGAGUUCAUCACCGAGGUUGCAAGCAUGCGACGGCUGCGCCACCGCAACUUGGUGCAGCUGCUCGGUUACUGCCGGCGGAAGGGACAGCUUCUCUUGGUCUACGAUUACAUGGCAAAUGGUAGCCUCGAUAAAUACCUAUACGACGGUAACAAGGGUACACUGGAUUGGCCUAAGAGACUCCACGUCAUCAGGGGAGUGGCCUCGGGUUUAUCGUAUCUCCACGAAGACUGGGAGCAAAUUGUUAUCCAUCGAGAUAUCAAAGCAAGCAAUGUACUUCUGGAUGACCAGAUGAACGGGAGGUUAGGGGACUUUGGUCUAGCAAGGCUUUAUGACCAUGGUUCGGACGCGCAAACCACACACGUGAUUGGCACCAUGGGAUACCUAGCUCCUGAACUAGGACACACCGGCAAGGCCACCCCAUCUACCGACGUGUUUGCCUUCGGGGUGUUCCUUCUAGAGGUCACCUGCGGGCGGAGGCCGAUUGAGCAAGCCGAGGGAGACAACCGUGUAAUUCUUGUGGAUUGGGUUGUUGAGCAUUGGCGUAAUGGUCCAAUCGCCAAGGCGGCGGACAUGACGAUGCUAAACAACGGGUUUAGUCUUGACGAGCUUUCUCUAGUGCUAAAGCUCGGGCUUCUGUGCUCACACCCACUUCCCAAUGCAAGGCCAACCAUGCGACAAGUUAUGCAUUACCUCAACGGAGACAUGGUUCUGCCCCUAGACUUGUCACCAGCAUACCUCGGCUCAACUCUGCUGGAGCGCAUGUACAAUAACAUGGAGUUGAACCAGAAUGUAAUGUCAUGUGUGUCGUCGACCAGCUUUGGUACUAUUUCUUCUGAUCUGUCCGGAGGACGGUGAAAUGCAUAUUGUGUUAGAACAAUUGAGUUGGACUCUCAAUUGCUCUUGUCUCUAAUCGGUUGUGUUGUUAUGUUAUUCAUCACAUGUACCUGUAUAUCCUUGUAACAAAGUACCGUGUGGAAGUUUGUGUGAUUUAUUUUGAGAAA